GUGCCCGUGUCACGUGACUCAACGAGGAAGUUAUAAAUCAUCAUCACUGAAUUGUUAUCAGAAGUGGUUGCAGACGCGGUGUAUUGUUGUGUGCUGUUGUUCAGUUAAUACGUCGUGUCACCGACUUUCAUUCCCUUUUAAAAAACCACACCGAUCAUGUCUGGACUAAUAAAAGCCAAGAAGUACAACUGGAAGGACACCAAUUUGGCUCUGUUUGGAUCAGACACGGAGAAAAGUGUUAAAAAGGAAUCUGCUGAAUCGGAACCAGCCUGGAAAGAAGCAGGGACUGAAGUUGGUUUAAAGAUUUGUAGAAUUGUGAAAUUCAAGGUUCAAAAGUGGCCCAAAGAAGAAUAUAGCAAGUUCUAUGAAGGAGAUUCUUAUAUUAUUCUGAAUACCUACAAAGAAGAAGGUGAAGACCAGCUGCAGUUUGAUGUACACUUCUGGAUUGGCAAGUACAGCACACAGGUUUGUAUUGACAUAAAAUACACUGUUCUCUACUUUAUUACAGUGAAUAUGCUGAAGGGAGGAGCUGACACUGGGUUCCGCCACGUCGAGCCAGAGAAGUACAAACCGCGUCUGCUUCACUUUUCUGGAACCCAGAAAAACGUCUUG